GAAUACAGAAUAGUUUACAAUAUUACAUGCAUUUAAACUCUUUUAACAAGCAUUUACGACAUAAAAAAAUGUAACAUUUAAAAGUAGCAUUUUAAUUUUAGUGUAUUCAAUCAUUCUCCGUAAUCGCUUUUUAUCGAAAUAGUGCUAAUUCUCGUGUCGGUGUGUCGCCAAAAAUCUGAGCUGGUGAAGGGCUGCUGUUCACCGGGGUAACUACGAACUUUAGAUCACGGCCUCGCGUUUCACUCAUAGCUGAAUGAUGCCGUGACGGACUCCAAAACCUGCUCAUAAACAAACAGUACUGACAUUACAGAACAUAUUUUAAUAUCAAACUAAAUUAAACUCAUUACAAUAACGAUUAAAAUCCAUUUAUUUUCUGCAAGGAAAAAUCCUGUGAAACAACUGCUGCUGACUUUAUAAAUGACAUAAAAUUUUAUUUCACUGAAGAAGUGCACAAAAUCGGUGGUGCAGAGAACCACUCUCUCCUGUAGAGGACUCAAAAAGCCUGCACUCUGACUGACUGUAACUCAGCAGCUGGGUUAUUUCUUCAUAUACAGGCUCAACCCAGCGGUUGGUAAAAAAAAAUAAAAUGACCAGCAGCUUAGUUACAGAAAAACUACCCAGCAUCUGGGUAAAAAAUAUUAAAAAUAACCCAAUAAAAUGACCCAACAAGUUAAACAUAGCAUUUGGGUUAAAAAAUAACCCAGCAUUUUUUUGAGUGUGUCUGAACAGUCAAUCAAAAAAUACAGUUGGGUCAUACCCACAUAAUAGCAUUAAUAUCAAACGCUUCAAAUGUUACUUGUAUACAAACUUUCUGGAGAUUAUCCACUUUAAAAUCAUGAAAAAUGAGGUUGGAGGUUAUAUUCUUGAAUAUUUUAAGAACAUUUCCAUUGAAAGAGCAAUUCACUUUAAACCACAGAGUACAAAGAACAGUGAAUUACUGGUACACUCGUACAACAGUGCCAUAAAAGAACUAUUUUUGGUUCCACAAGGAACCAUUCAGUCAAAGUUCAAAUCUCUUUCUUACCUUUUUAUAAUCUGAAGAAUCUUCUUUCACCACAAAGAAACUUUUGUGAAACAGAAAGAUUCUUCAGAUGUUAAAGAUUUUUUAUGGAACCAUUUAAGCACCUUUAUUUUUAAGAGUGUAUGUUGUGCAGUAAAACCCGCACCUUAAGAAUUUAUGUUUAAGGAAGGCGGCAGGCUUUAAAAUUCAUGACUGACCUUAGGUACACUGCACUAUUAAACAACGAAAACCUAAGACAGAGUAAACAUUUUCAAGAAAAGAAUCCUGGACUGACAUGUUUAAUGACUUUGUUAAGGUAGAUAAGCAGGUGGUUUUAUGAGCUUGAUCAUCAUAAAUACAGCAGGAUCUCUCAGUGACUCACGUACAGAACAAGUCAGGACUUCUAGAGGAAACAUCUCUCAAACCGGACAACUGACCAUUAUUAUGGACCUGAGACAACACCUUCAGAAGCUGGAGUGCCACUUCACCUGGGAUCUGGGGCAAUAUCCAAAUGAGCUCAAGGCGUUGAGGAGGACAAUACAAGACAUCUUAGAGCAGGAAUGCACUUGGCUGGUUCACCAUUACAACCUGCUGGGCUACAUCGAACAGGCUCUUGGCUCCAACUCAGAGGCGCUGAAGUACCUGCGUGAUGCAGAAAGUGUGAUGCAGGAGCAUGGAACAGACGAAACUGGUGUUCGGCUGCAGGUCAACAAAGCUAACCUGGCUUGGGUCUACUUCCAUAUGGGAGAGAUGGAUAAGAGCAAAGGAUACCUAGAAGAGGUAGAGAGCCUUCAGCGAAUGCAUCCUGCUCCACCUGGAUGUGCUUUACAUCCUGAAGUGAGUGGAGAAAAGGGUUGGACGCUGGUGAAGUUCAACAUGCCCAAGAAGUGCCAGGCGAUUAAUAAUUUUAAGAUGGCUUUAAAGGCAGAACCAGAAAAUAAGGAAUGGCACAAAUGUCUUGCCAUAGCCAUGAACGAAGCAUAUCCAAGUCAUAACUGCCCUCCAGAGCAUAAGGAUGAAAUUCUAAAGCAGGUGAAAACUGCACAUGAGAAGGAACCAAAUGAUUUGCUCUUUAAUGCUCUUUAUUUAGAAAAACUGUCUGAGGUGCAAUCAGCAAACACUGAGAGCGAAAUGCAAGGUUUACUAGAGAAAACUCUUGAAACUGGAAACCUGGAGUGUUUGGGUACUAUUCUCAGGUAUUAUAGAACCAUUUCUGAAGACACAGCUAUUCAAGCAGCAGAGAGAGCUCGAGAAAAGUUCCCCACCUCAAACAGAGUGUUGAAAUUUCUGGCAAGUUGCUACAAAUGGAAGGUUUACAAGCUGAGUGAAGACAGUAGGGAAACAAGGACAUUGGCUAGGAAAUCCAUCAAGCUCUUUGAGGAGGUUCUCAGACAUUAUCCUGACUCGCUUAGAGAUAGGGUAGCCCUUGCAUCACUGCACUACUAUGCACACAACAGUAAGAGAACAGAUGAGAUUUACCAACAGAUCCUGUCAGAGAAAGAUGAUCUCCCUCCCCACAGCCAACAGUAUAUUUACUAUUGCUAUGCCAGCCAUCUAUAUAAGCGAAGACAACUUAAAGAUUCAAUUAACUUUCACAUGAAAGCAGCAGCAAUCCUAGAAGAAUCAGAUGACAGACAGAAGAGCAUAAGUAUUCUUCACAAUAUUGGGAAGAAUGACAAAAACCCUCGCUGUGUGGAAAUUCAGAACUUUCUGAAGGAAAUUAAAAUUUAUGUUUAAAAUAUACCUGAUGCACAAAC